GCAGCUGCUACAGCACCUAGUGACUGACCCACACUACAUUGGUACACGAAUGACAACUACACUCGGUAUUCACAACAAACCACCAACCCCGAUAAAUCCACAAUAUCACAACCCCCUGGAAGGCGCCACCAACCUAAACAAACACCUGGAGAUGGAUGUCCCACACCUCCCACCCAUAUUAACUGAAAGCAAGCACGUAUAUGUGAUACUACAUACUAAAUUCAACACCAGGAAAAACACCCUUCUCAUGUGGGUCAAACCGGGAGAACUACGAACAUCACCAUCACAAAAUAAAAUACCACUACCAACCCUAGACACCAUGGGGAAUUCCCCAUUUUACCGCCAUAUCAACUCAGCAGUCCGGCACCCCCCUAUUGAUGACACUUAA